UUUUAUCAUCAACCUGGGACUACAUCUUCUUUUCUAAGCUUUAAGUGUGGUUCUGGUUUCUUCUUCAGUGGUGUACCUCUGUUGCUCCUGGGACAUCCUCAGGAAUCUGAUGGUCCAAUUCUGGAAGGACGGGGUGGAGUUGAAGGACUACGUCUUCUUCUUCAUUGAUCUUUUUGCUGAGGGUCUGGGGGGGCGGGGCCCCGUCCGGCCGUGGUUCAGAGGAGACCAGGAAGACUUCGCCGCCCGCCACGCUUUCAGGAGUGUGAAGGUGUUAACCUACCUGGAGCCUCAGAAUCCAGAAUAUCUUCAGUUUGUUCAAACUCUGAAGAACGACGCAAAGAAAAUGUUCAACUACACGAUCAAAGACUCUCUGUAUAACCUCAUCGCUGCAGGAUUCCAUGAUGGUGUCAUGAUGUACUCUCAGGCCCUGAACGAGACACUGAGUGAUCAGAGACCAGGACCAGGAGAGGUCCGGAGGCCCAGAGGAGACGUGGUGACCAGGAGGAUGUGGAACAGAACCUUCUCAGGUGAGGACAGAUGUUAGAUCUUUAUUUCUAUUUCUAUCUGAGUCACAUGGGAACCUGCAGCUCUGUGGUCGACCAAUCACAGCGCAGAGCUGGAAGAGAACAGCCGGGAGGUAAGACCUGUCCAGGUGGUGAUUGGGGGACAUGAAACUAUAUGUUUAUGUCUGUUAGUGGACUGUAGUGGGGUGGGGGGGGGGCGUGUGGGCUGGU